AAAACUAAUUCGUGUCUCUCGUGUUGGUGGCACUGUGCACCUCUUCUACUCGGGUUUAUUUUGCUGUUUGCACCAUCGGCACACCUACUACCACUCGCCGGCUUUCCGAUCGAUCCGAUUUUCCGGGUUUCAAAGGUUACGUGUUGUGCAAGAUACAUGAAACUGUAGUGAUCUGUGUAAAUUGUUUGAUUAUAACUGAUUAGGACGUUAUACUAUGGGUUUAUCAUCUGCUGCUACUACUACUACAACUCCCGGUGAGCCACUGAAGUUUUGCAUAUUUGAUUUAAGAAGGGGGCAACAUGAGGGAGAGGAAUUGGAGAAGAUUUUGUUCUUUUUUCCAGCUGAUUUGCCUUUUCCGGCUCAGCUUUCAGUCGUUGGCCUCAGCGAAGGACUCAUUACUUUCACAAGAAUUUUUUCGCCUGAAGCGGCUUGUGAGGUUAUAGAAGCAGAAAUGCAUUCGCAUGUGUUCUUUGAGGCAGAGCCUGAUAUUUGGAUGGUAAUGGUGGUUGCAAAAAGCAAAGAGACAGAAGCCAUAUGGAGAAUUGAAGCACUACGCAGUGUUCUUAAGGAAAUCCACUCUCUUUUUGUGAUGUUUCAUGGUUCUAUAAGAAUGUUGCUUGAUAAAGAACCUGGUGGAGGUCUAACUCGUAGUCAUUUGUAUACUUUCAUCAUGGAUUACCUUAGUGAUUUUCUCGUGGGCAACAAAUUUUUGCUACCUAAUUUUCGUGACUCCUUAAAGGAACGUGGGACUGUACAGAUGCUGACAGUUGGACGCGAGGCUGCUAUUGAAGUACAGUCUCUUGUUGGCACGUUAGAUUCAUGCAUGGGAAACGCCUUAGGCUACUCAGUUAUCUUGUUUCAGGACCUCCUUGUCUCUACAACUCUAUCCCCCGAUGACACGGUGAAUCUAUUUUCAUACAGUACCCUAAGGCUGACCCCACGUAUACUUUCUUCGGGAGGAAGUACAUGGUCUUACUUACGAAAAGGUAGUUCUUCUCAUGCUGAGUCAGCACUGGAUCGCCUACAUGGCUUCCAGGACAGCUCUUCCGCAAGAGGUGAUAAUUAUCAAGUUCUGAGGCCCUUACAGUACGGCAAGUGGUCCAAAGGGAAAGACGGGUUUCUAGUAACCGAUAUUUGGGGUGUAGAAGUCGGUAAUUUGGUUCCCACCACCCCGACAAUAUGGCUUCAGCAAAUAGAGCACAAGAUGUAUCUUUGUGCGUAUCAGUAUAAAAGCGUUACGAUACUUCUUCUUAUACCUGUUACGUCUAUGCUUAACGGCGAGGAAGGGAUCUCCAUGUUGAAGCAACAACUUCUUGAAAAUGCAUCUUCAAAGAUACAUAAAGUCGAGGAGAAGCUUGCAAAGGGAUGGGGUGGUGAGAACGCUUAUCAUGUCAAAGGGUACCGUUAUUUGCUAGUGGACGGUGACAACAACAUAUCCCGGGCUUCCCCCUCUGGAAAAGUAACUACCCUAGCAAAGGAAUCAUUACUAGCGUUGAAUAAGGUUCGGGAAGAUGUUGAUUUGGAAAGAAGCCGAACAAAAGGGGACGAUUUAGAAAUAUGCAUUAGAGCGAAAAACAACUCGUGGGUGAUCGCUCGGGCUGCGAGAGGGAAACAGCUUUAUAUAGUUCUUGAAAAGGCCAAUGAGACUCUUCUUUACGCCUCAGAAGCCGUUGAGAAGUUCAGUGACAGGUACUGCGAUGGAGCAUUUUCAUUGGAUUAAAAAUCAUCCGAGCUAUUACAGUUUAUGUUCCUGGAAGUUGGCUCCAUAAAGUAUGGUUUAUUACCCUAGAGUACAACUAGACAUGUAUGCACAUAUUGUUUUGAUGGGCCGAUGGGGCAAGGAUGUGAAAAACGGGAGGAAAAGGGCGGACGUAGUAUGGUGAUAGAUCAUAGAUUUCUGGAACGAUGAUGAUAAUAUAAUACAGUAAAAUAUCGGGUAGUGAGUUUAAGUUUGAAAUUGAUACAACUCAUAAUGAACAUGGAAUGUGUUAUGGUGAUGAACAUGAAAUUUUGUUUGAUUUAGUUAGUUAAUAAGUUUUACA